AGAGAUGAAAGUAGUUUCUUUAUUUCUCUAUAAUUUUUAGCUACCGGAAACGCCGAGGUGUGCCCUGGCGGCGGAAAAGUAAACUUCGGGAGCCAACAUGGCGGCAUGUCGUCAGUGGUGUGCCGUGGAGAGCAAAGCUCACCACUAAAAUAAGAAAAAAAAUUGAAGCAAAACUCCACCAUCGAAAAGGCACUCACACGACAGAUCCGGUCCGAUUGAUCCAUAUUCCACGGAAGGAAAGAAAGUAUUAAAACCGAUUUCGCCCUUCAUUAGCCCGAGAAGCUGCCAAAAAAAAAAGAGGAAAAGAACCGGUUUACAAAAGAAAAAAAAAACGGUGCCGCGUUUGUCCACAAUUGGAAAGAAAGCUCAUCAAUCCAGCAGCAGCAUCCGAAUCUUUCGGCUUAGAAAAAAAGAAAAAAAGAGAACCCAAGUUGGAAACAGUGCUCCAGUUUUUUUUUUUCCAUCAAGAAGUUUUCUCUUUCAAAAGAAGGAAAGAAAAAAGAAAGCAGACGAAAACCCACAUACUGUUGGGAAAGUCCAACGAAGCCAGUGUCUGAAGAAAACGCUAAGCCGCACAAAGCACAAGCCGAAGCCUGUAGUUUCAUCUCUGGCCGGUUCAGCACACAUCUGGUACUGUCAUGGCCAGCGCUAAGUGGCAGGCGUCUGGCACUCAACAGGGCGAAGACGAAGCUGGAGACCAGGCAUCGUCCGGCUCGCCCAGGCAAAACGGCAAACAAGGCAAUGCCCACAGGGAAGCCGGCAUUGUUGAAAAACUCCUGCACUCUUAUGGAUUCAUCCGGUGCUGCGAGCGGUCGGCACGACUGUUCUUCCACUACAGCCAGUUCUCGGGAAACAUUGAGCACCUGCGCAUUGGAGACCCGGUGGAGUUCGAGAUGACCAAUGACCGAAAAUCGGGAAAGCCCGUAGCCAGCGCCGUGGUUAAGAUAUCGUCCGAGGCCCUGUCCAGCGAGGUGCUUAGCGAUGAGGUGGCAACGGGCUUCAUCACGACUGAAGCCAAGGAUGGUGCCGAGGGCCGAGUGGCGUACGAGAACCGUGGCGAGUGCUUCUUCCUGCCGUACACGGAGCAGGAUGUCGAGGAAGGCUACACGCUGCACCAGAACGACAGCGUGCGCUUCUACCUGGCCACCUGCAAGGAGACGGGCGCCCCCUGCGCCAAGCGGGUACGCCCUGAGAACGCCCCGGCCAAGGGCACACCGGAAGCCCGGGGGCCGCGCAAGAGCCUGCCGUCAGCCUCACCGUCUGGGCAGCGCAAGCAGGGUGUCGUCUGCGCCCUCAAGGACACGUUUGGCUUCAUCGAACGGGGAGAUGUCGUCAAGGAGAUCUUCUUCCACUCGAGCGAGUGCAGCGAUUUCCGUGCCCUCUCGCUGGGUGAGGACGUCGAGUUCACCGUGCAGCUGCGCAACAACAAAGAGGUGGCAUGCAACAUCACUCGCCUGGCACCUGGCACGGUCAUCUUCGAGGACGUCGACCCCGAGGUGCUCCAGGGCCGUGUGACAGUCGUGGCCGACCGGGGCCGGCCGUCGCAGGCAGCCGCUGCAGAUCCUCUGCCAGGACGCAUCGUCUACAUGCGAGGCGAGGAAGAGCUGGAGAUGCCUUACGGGGAACGCGACCCAAAGUGCGAGUACUCCCUUCAAGUCGGUGACCAAGUCCAGUUCAGCAUCGCCACCGACCGCCGGGAUGGCCUCCAACGAGCUACCAACAUCGAACUGCUUGACCAGUCGUUUGCCAACGAGGCCCGGCAAGUGGGAGUUGUGGCGACCGUGAAGGAAAGCUUCGGCUUUAUCAGCUGCCAGGACCGCGACAGCCAGAUUUACUUCAAGACCUGCGAACUGCUCGACCCAGACAUGACCCUGCAUCCGAGCGACGAGGUGGAGUUCACGGUGGCUCAAGAUCCCGCGUCUCCCAGUCGUUUCUUGGCAACCCGAAUUCGCCGCCUAUGGUCCGUGUGUGACGACCAAGACGGUCCUCGCACAAGACGCUCGCUGUCCAACGGCGAUGGGUCUGCCGUCAACGGCGACGAGUCCAAGAACUUGAGAAACAGGGGAGAGUCUGGCAAAGGCCGUGGUGGGCGAAAUGGCUUCCGGUACACGCACCGUGGCUACAUAGCGGCAUUGAAAGAAAGCUUUGGCUUCAUCGAAAAUGAAGAGCACAACCAGGACGUAUUCUUCCAUUUCAGCGUGUUUGAGGGAAACCCACAGACCCUGGAGCCCGGCCAAGAAGUGGAGUACGGCAUGGUGCUAAAGGGCACCAAGCGCAGUGCCGAGUGCGUGCGCAAGCUCCCGGCCGGCACCCUCGCCGAUCCCCAGGAGGUCGUCAAGCCUGAAAUUCUCAACGGCACCGUCGAGCGCCCUGUGCGUUGCUUCAACCCGGAUCAGGAGCAGUACGCGGGACUCAUCCGCCUCAGCGUCUCAGGAGAGAGCGCCGAGCCCACUGCCAGCUACCCGUUUGGCAUCACCAGCCUGACGGACAAGCACGAGCUGCUCCAGAAGAACGAUGUGGUGCAGUUCCAGGUGGCCAUCACAGGAUCGGGCGUGGAACGAGCCGUCAACGUUGUGGCUGUGCGAGCUCGAGUGCAGGCUACGGUGGAAGCGAUCAAGGGCCAAUUUGGCUUCCUCUCUUACGAGGCCGAGGAAGGGCGCAAGCUGUUCUUCCACACAUCCGAGGUCAAGUCCGGCAACCACCUGCAGGUGGGCGACCGUGUCGAGUUCGUGGUGGUCUACAACCAGCGCACCAAGAAGUAUGCCGCCUGCAGCGUCGUCAAAGUCGGCGAGUCGCAGCCAACACAACGUCCGGAACGUCUCGUAAGCCGGCUACGAACCCUCUCCACGGAGGACUCCGGUCCCCGCAUCAUCAUAGUGCGUCAACCGCGUGGUCCAGACGGCACAAACGGGUUCGCCAGCCGCGGAGCAGAGGCCAAUCCGGCGGCAACGCUCGUCGAAGAGACCGAGGAGGCCGUUGAAUACGAAGAAGGACGAGGCGACGGAAAUUCUCAAGACGAAGCCGAAGCCAAGCCUGACGAAAUGGAAGUCACCGAUAACGCGCUCGGUGCUAUGGCUCCUGUGGAGGGCGAAGUCCAGGCCUAAAAGGUUUUUAGGCUUAGCGAAGGAAGUCUAAAGAUGUUGUUAUUCUUCUGUUCUUUUUCCAUUGCUUUUUCGUGUUCCCUAUUGGCACCGGCACCGUUCUCUUCUGGUGCAAGGAAAAAAAAGAAAUGGCAAAAAAAAACAGUGGGUGCAACGAGACUUUAACGCGAUUUUCUUCUGUAUGCCACCAGUUUCUAGGUUCUGCGCUGGAGCGCGUUCGUGGCGAGUUUUUUUUUUUUUUUCUUGGUUUUUUUCUUUCCUGUGUCUGUGUAUGAAAACGAAAACAAAGUGGCAAAUCUUAUCUAUUCUCUUUGUUCAGUUGAGCAUGUAUGUUGUGUGUGCAUGUGUGGGUGUUUUUUUUUUAACAAGUGUUUCUUAUAUAAGUUUCAUAGGAUGCAAGUUUCAAGGAAGCUUGUUUUUCAGGUAUUUGGAAUUGAAGUCAGAACUGUGGGGAGAAAGAAGGAAGAAUGGUGUGAUUGCUGUCUCGUAGCACUUUUGAAGCGACAGAGAAAGUGGUGUGUGCGUCUCUUCUCAAAGACUCCAUUCUUGUUUAUCUGCGGUCCUGCCUCGGCUCGGAUUUUGUCUUACAAUUUUUCCCCGUACCUUCACCCCUCCUUUUCACCUGUUUCAACGGUACAAUUCGACAGCGUGCUCGUUUUGAAAACUUCGAAACGGUGCCAUUUCUAAAAGUCCGGCCGGGGCAGACCAUUCACGUUUCUCUCGCGUUACAUGACUGGUGUCCCGCCUCUGUCGAGGCCUGUAUCGGCGCGAUUCUUUUUUUCCGUCUUUUCAUAUUUCUCCGUUUGGUCAGCUUUUCAUGUUUCUUUUGCAUCUCUCGAAGGUUAUGUCUCUUAAACUAUCAUUUUUUUUUCUUGUGGUGGUCUGUAGGAGUCGGAGAACAACUUGACACGUCUUCUUGUGUGUUUGUGCAUGCAUAUCCAAGCAACGAACGACAGUAGCACUUAUAAAGGAAGAAAGGCGAACUACCUGAUUGAGUUGAUCGAGCGCGAUAUUCUCGUUCCUGUCCCUCUUGUCAAAAUCGGGGCGUGUUCCACCCCGUAAGUUUUUCUUUUUUUUUUUCCAUUUGCCUCCACAACCACGAUGCCACCCCAAUACCUUCUCGUGAAAGCAAUGACCUUUGGGAUUAAUACUCAAGGCAAUAUGGCCGACAUCUGUACUUGCACUAACCCCUUUUUUUUUUGCCUUUCCCAUCGCAGCUGCGACUUUCUCUCACUUGGGAUUCAAGUGACUCGUGGCAAGCCCCUGUCGAAACACUUCUGGUUCAGUAUGGUUAUUAUCUGGUGUUGACAACCCGACUACUCGCCUACUUUAGCAAAGUUUACCGGCACCAAAUUUGAAGCAAGAUGUAUGAUCAGCAGCAUAAUGCGACUACACGACUACACCAACGAGAAUUGAAAUUCCCUGUUCCCCAGUAUAAUUACUUGGCAGUUGCACGUCACCACGGCUUGCCGAUUUCCGCGAAGUUUCCUUACGUGAUCGUUGUGCACAGGCAGCAAGAUUCGUGCACGAGGAAUAAGUGGCGCGGAAAACAACUCAAAAUUUUUCCUGACUGACCUCAAUUCAGUUGCCACGGCCCCCAGUAUAUUUACCUAGUUGGCUGUACCACUCGGCACUGCAAGUGUUUAGCAACGUUUUUGGGGGGGCAACAGAUUUUCUACUGUUUAAUUCUGAAACGUACAGCAAAAUUCAUAUCGUAGGUCUGAAAACGCACGACAAAAUCUAGAAAUCUGCACUGUUGAGAGAAAAGGAGAAGGAAUAUGCCUGGAUGAGACUCCUCAUUGCGUGUAUUGACUUCUGCAGCUUGAGUUCACUUAGGAGUGAGGUGUAAUUGUCGGAACAAGCCACGCUUAACUAAGCACGCGCAUAGUGCUUUUUCGUAGUUCUUAGUGGCGACGAGGAGCGAGUGUAUUGUCGAACAUUUCACGCAGCCGACGUACGGAAAGCGCGAGUGAGUGAUGCAGCUGCCUUGAUUUCAUACAGUUUUCAGGCGCACGCCGAACAGUCUGCGCGCUUCUGUUGCAUCAUUUCGGAUGCUUAGUCAUAGCGAGUGGUGUUUGUGGCAUGUUAUGGAUUUUGUAUGCCUCUAGCGUGCGUAUGGAAGCGCGUUUCUUUGCGUGUUCAUUUAUUCACGACCCCUGCUGUACGAAUAAGGCCUUCCUAUUAAGGCUAACAACUGCUAUGCCUUCAUUUUAUUUACAUUGGUUAACUGUAGUGUCUACUCUCUUUAGCUGCCUUGAGCGUUCUUGUUCCCUUUGUGUGCAGCAGUGUAGAAGUGGAAAGUUUUUAUAUUCAGGUUGAAAGUGGCGUUGGGCGUUUUGUAUCCUUUCCCAUUAGUAGAAUAAACGAAAAAUUAAAAGAACGGCACAUUUUCCAAAUUCGCAGCACUUUAGGAAUGUUGGUCAGUUUUGUAGCCUAGGAAUCGCAAUACUGUGCUUGAACAUCAGGGAAACAUAUUUUUCUAUUUGUUUUUUCGCGUUCCCAUUUUCUGAGUUUAGUAUAUCAAUGUCUUUGUUGCCCCCUUGUCGAGGCAUGCACUCUGGCAGGUUCUGCAGCAUUUGAACUUAGUUUUGCCAACUUGUACAUUUUGCUGCGGGUUUUUUUUUUUUUUUGUGAGGCAUUUUUAUAGUCCUCGAGGCAUUGAUACGCCGAGUCAAGCAGGAGCUCAAUACCACCACUUUUGUCUACGCGUAGACCAUUUUGAGCUCUCGUCGACUUUCGAAAGAGACGGGAGUGCAGUUGAUGGAUGGAUGCUAUUAAAAAAAGUGUGCGUAAUGUCCUUUAGUGUAACGUAACAUUAUGCAAAUUAUUGUUUUGUGCCCGAUUGCCUACCACUGUUGAGGCUUGAGAGGUUGGCCAAUACUGUUCUGACAUUGCAUCUCUGGUGUAAUGUUGCGACGGCUUUACAUUGGUUAACUCUGAUGCUCUUUUAGGGAAAUGUUUAAAACAGCGCUCAUGGCUUUAUCGUUGAUAUAAUGUCUAUAGUAUUGGGAUGUAUUAAAUUUUGCUUUGGAAGGAUGUCAUUCCUUCGUAAAGCUAUGUAUUCAGUGUGCCUUUUUUUCUCUGUCCUCAUUGCUUUGAGCAAAGCAGUACUUGGCUGUUCGAUCGACGAGCACUGCAAGUUUUUUCAGCGUUGAAGCAUAUCUUGCAACUUCGCUGCCGUCAAAAUCUUUUACAUGCCUUGUUUCUUCAUGUUCUUUCUUAGGAAAACAAGGAAGCUAAAAUUAAGACAACAUGCACAGAACUUUUAUUGAUACAGUCGGCAGGAUCUGGAAAUGUUCCGAGACUGACUGACUUUCAGAAACCAUAUUUUUGGAACUUCCACUUGCGUGUUUUGAACGUAGCCUUGUAAAAUUUCAACCAGAACAGUUUGUGCUUCGCGUGUAAUAAUCCUUUGAAUCAGUAGGAAGAACUUGCAUGGCUCUAAAAGGAAAGUAUGAAAACAGUCUUACCGUUAGCAUACGCAACUUCGAAAAAAAUCACACUUCCCCGGUGCGUUGCUGUCAAAAACUGUUCACUUGUACAGCAUGGGCAUCAUUUGGGUGUGCACUGUCCAAAAAUGCUCUCCUCGCUUCUUUUAGAUGUUUUUCUGUGUAUCUUUUCUUCAUAUGUUGCGAGUGUUUGAUGUGUCCCGCUCAAAAUCAAAUGCAAGGAGUCCCCUUUUCUUUAGUUGUUCUGGGAUAGAAUUGCUUUUGAUAGUGAAAAGUCAAUUCCCAUUAGUGAAAGAAAUACACCCGGCAUUGAAAACGCUGGCCGCCAGACCACUUGCUGUGUCAGCAAGUUUCCCCAGUGCCCGGCCAAUGCAGGCAUGGCCGUAAGGUACCAAGAAAAGCGGCCAUCGUUGCAGUAACGUGAUGAUGCCGCAGCAUGUGAUGUGAAGGAAGCGACUACUUUGUAUAAAGGGCUGAGGAAAGAUUACUAAUUUGUCGCAUUUCUUUUUGACAUACUUAUCCAAGACAAAUUGGGUUUAACAGAGCUCUGGAGAUAUUGCGGAACGAUACAUCGGUGUUCUAAAUCGAAAGAUGUCUUCGUGCCUCGCAGUGUCGAAGGAGGCCUCUUGAUAUUUUUUUUUCCAGUGUUUCUAAAUGCCUGUGGUCUUUCCGGAUUGUGUGCAAAAAGAAGUCUUUGUAAGGGAAGACAUUAAAAAGAAAUGUUUCUAGCCA